GGCUUCUCUUGGGAAAAAUGGGCGAGCGGGGAGCUCCGCUGGUGAACGUGUGCCAGUGCCUCAACGAAGCCGUCAUGAAGAUCGUGUCCAUGGCAGUCUGGUACUUUCCUUUUGGCAUCGUGUUUCUCAUAGCUGGGAAGAUCUUGGAUAUGGAAGAUCCAUCUGUCACAGGAAAGAAGCUGGGCCUGUAUGCCAUUACCGUCGUGUCCGGCCUGGCCUUCCAUGGACUUAUUCUCCUACCUUUGCUUUUCACCCUCAUCACCAAGAAAAAUCCCUUUGCUUUCAUUCGGGGGAUACUGCAAGCCUUGCUGAUUGCCUUAGCUACAUCUUCCAGCUCAGCAACCUUGCCCAUCACUCUGAAGUGUCUUCUGGAAAACAACGGCAUAGACAGACGAGUGGCACGAUUCGUCCUCCCCGUCGGCGCGACCAUCAACAUGGACGGCACUGCGCUCUACGAAGCCGUCGCUGCUAUUUUUAUUGCUCAGGUUAAUGAAUAUGAUUUGGAUUUGGGACAAAUUAUAACCAUAAGCAUCACAGCGACCGCAGCCAGCAUCGGUGCCGCCGGGAUCCCCCAGUCAGGGCUCGUGACGAUGGUCAUCGUGCUCACGUCUGUGGGGCUGCCGACCGAGGACAUCACACUCAUCGUCGCUGUAGACUGGGCUCUGGACCGAUUUCGAACCAUGACCAAUGUCCUUGGUGAUGCACUGGCUGCUGGCAUCAUAGCACACGUCUGUGAGAAAGACUUUGCCCCCAAACCUGCAAAACAAGACCCAGCAAGCAACGCAGACAAGUUUCCUUCUGUGGAGAUCUCACUUCUGCAGCCCAAAGACAACGUGAUUGAGAUGAUUGAAGAAACCUUGGCUGAACAGACAGGAAUUCACUACAACAUCUGCCAGGUGUAG